AUGGCAAAACUGAUUCCUAGGGUGGCUUCGAAGAUCCCGGUGAAGAGCGUUUAUCCCCCCCGGACCUUCCUCGGCGCCUCCGAGGGUGCAACGAGCUCCGCUCCCCACCCUUCUUGCCUUCGCAGACCCGUGAUGGAAAUCCCAACCCUGAAACCUCUCACCGAGGAUAAAGCUCGGUUCUACUUCCAGGAUCUCAUCAAGGGCAUCGAGUACUUGCACUACCAAAAAAUAAUCCACCGGGAUAUUAAACCUUCCAACCUCCUCGUCGGGGAGGACGGGCACGUCAAGAUCGCUGACUUUGGCGUGAGCAACGAGUUCAAGGGCGCUGACGCCCUCCUGACCAACACGGUGGGCACGCCGGCGUUCAUGGCACCGGAGACGCUCUCAGAAACCAGGAAAAUCUUCUCUGGGAAGGCGUUGGAUGUCUGGGCCAUGGGAAUCACGCUCUACUGCUUCGUGUUUGGGCAGUGUCCCUUUAUGGACGAAAGGAUCCUGAGUUUACACAAUAAAAUCAAGACCCAAACCUUGGAGUUCCCAGACCAGCCGGAGGUUACGGACUUCUUGAAGGAUUUGAUUACGCGGAUGCUGGAUAAAAAUCCCGAAUCGAGGAUUUCGGUCCCCGAAAUCAAGAUCUUGGUUAAAACGAUGAUCAGGAAGCGAUCGUUUGGGAACCCGUUCGAGGGCAGCAAGCGAGAGGAACGGUCCUCGUCCGCCCCGGGGAACCUGCUGACGAAGCAAGGCAGCGAAGAUAACCUGAAAUGCAACGACCUGCCUAACGUGGGAGAGGAAGAAGUUCUUUCCUGAACAUCGACACUGUGGUUCUGUUGAGCAAUGUGGUCUGGGGCACCUUACGAAGUGUGCAGCCGAGGAGGACAGCUAUUAACAGAGCCUACACCAAACACAGCAUGACAUGGCGCUAUUUCAGUAUAAUGCUGGAUGUAGAGCUUACAUAGCAGCACGUUGUAAGACAUCCGACUACAGUACUUGUCAUAAACAUUGAACAUCUCCGAUUGCUUGGACUGCUGACUUAUUGCGGGAAAGGUGCCGGCGGAGACCCCAAAGGUGAGCUAUCGUGUUGAGCAGCAACAGCGCUUUGCAAAAAAAAAAAAAAAAAAAA